UGCGUUGCCAUGGCAACGGGCCCAGGGCAGCAGCAGCAGCAGGCCUCAGCUCCUCCUCAGCUCCCAAGCUGUGUGUGUCUGUGUGUAGUAGUGUGUGUGUAGUAGUGUGUGUGUAUAUGUGUGGGAGAGAGAGAGAGGAGGGAGCAAGCUGUACACAGCAAGGGAGAGGAGCCUGAGCUUCAGCUGGGCUUGGAGGGAGAAGGAAGGGAAGGAAGAGAGGAGGCUAGCAAGGCCUGGGGUGUGUGUUGUGUGUGUUGUGUAUGUGUGGGACUUGAGGCUGGGGGACUUCAGGAUGAUGGAGGACGGCUUCUCCAGUUACAGCAGCCUCUACGACACCUCCUCGCUCCUCCAGUUUUGCAAUGAUGACAGCGCCUCUGCCGCAAGCAGCAUGGAAGUGACGGAUCGCAUUGCUUCACUGGAACAACGUGUUCAGAUGCAGGAAGAUGACAUCCAGCUGCUCAAGUCAGCUCUAGCAGAUGUUGUUAGGCGCUUGAAUAUUACAGAGGAGCAACAGGCCAUGCAAAACAAGAAAGGACCUACCAAAGCAAGACCCCUAGUACAAACACUGCCUUUAAAGACUACUGUUAAUAAUGGAACUGUUUUACCAAAGAAACCCAGUGGCUCACUACCUUCACCAUCAGGAACGAGGAAAGAAAUUGUAUCACCAGCAGCAAAAAGGUCUGUGAGUCUUCUCAAUGCAUGCAAACUGAAAAAAACUGCUUUAAGCACUGUCAAAAGAACCAACUCAGCUGAACGUGUGUCUCCUGGAGGUCGAAGAGAAAGCUAUGGAGAUUCCAAAGGCAGCCGCAAUCGAGCUGGAUCUACAAGCAGUUCAUCAAGUGGUAAAAAGAACAGUGAAAGCAAGCCUAAGGAACCAAUGUUCAGUGCAGGGAAGCGUCGUGUGACACAUUGCAAAGAGGAAGGAUAUGUUAAAAUGUUUCUACGCGGACGUCCUGUUACCAUGUAUAUGCCCAAAGAUCAAGUGGAAUCUUACAGUUUGGAAGCAAAAGCAGAACUACCAGCCAAGAGGCUUAAAUUGGAAUGGGUAUAUGGUUAUAGGGGUCGUGACUGUCGCAGUAAUCUGUACCUCCUACCAACGGGUGAAACUGUAUAUUUCAUUGCAUCUGUUGUUGUAUUGUACAAUGUUGAAGAGCAACUUCAGAGGCAUUAUACUGGUCACAAUGAUGAUGUGAAGUGCCUAGCUGUCCAUCCUGACAGGAUCACCAUAGCAACUGGCCAGGUUGCAGGAACAUCUAAGGAUGGAAAACAACUACUGCCCCAUGUCCGAAUUUGGGACUCUGUUACCCUGAAUACGCUGCAUGUCAUUGGGAUGGGGUUCUUUGACCGGGCUGUUACUUGCAUUGCAUUUUCCAAAUCAAAUGGAGGGAGUAACCUUUGUUCAGUGGAUGAUUCCAAUGACCAUGUGCUUUCCGUUUGGGACUGGCAGAGAGAAGAAAAGCUUGCAGAUGUCAAGUGCUCUAACGAAGCUGUAUUUGCUGCUGAUUUUCAUCCUACAGACACAAAUAUAAUAGUUACAUGUGGAAAAUCACAUCUUUAUUUUUGGACACUUGAAGGAAAUUCUCUUAUUAAAAAGCAGGGAUUAUUUGAGAAACAAGAAAAGCCAAAGUUUGUCUUGUGUGUGACAUUUUCUGAAAAUGGCGAUACAAUCACAGGAGACUCGAGUGGAAAUAUCUUAGUAUGGGGAAAAGGCACCAACAGAAUAAGCUCUGCAAUACAGGGAGCCCAUGAAGGUGGCAUUUUUGCACUUUGUAUGCUGCGAGAUGGCACACUUGUGUCUGGAGGCGGAAAAGACAGAAAGCUAAUAUCUUGGAAUGGGAAUUACCAAAAACUUCACAAAACUGAGAUUCCAGAACAGUUUGGGCCAAUAAGAACAAUAGCAGAAGGAAAAGGUGACAUUGUAUUGAUAGGCACAACUCGAAACUUCGUUCUACAAGGCUCCCUGUCAGGGGACUUUUCGCCUAUUACCCAGGGUCAUACUGAUGAACUUUGGGGACUAUCAGCCCAUCCCUCCAAACCUCAGUUCUUCACUUGUGGGCAAGACAAACACAUUACGCUCUGGGAUGCCAUCACCCACCGUCCCCUCUGGAAUAAAAUUAUAGAGGAUCCAGCACAGUCCUCUGGUUUUCAUCCAUCAGGAUCUGUAGUUGCAGUAGGAACAUUAACUGGAAGGUGGUUUGUGUUUGACACCGAAACAAAAGAUUUGGUCACAGUACACACAGAUGGAAAUGAACAGCUGUCUACAAUGCGUUACUCACCAGAUGGCAACUUCUUGGCAAUAGGUUCCCAUGACAAUUGUAUUUACAUAUAUAGCGUUAAUGACAACGGGAGGAAAUACAGUAGAAUUGGCAAAUGCUCAGGUCAUUCCAGCUUCAUUACUCACUUGGACUGGUCUACAAAUUCUCAGUACCUUGUGUCUAAUUCAGGGGACUAUGAAAUCCUAUACUGGGUUCCUUCAUCUUGUAAACAAGUAGUAAGUGUGGAAACCACUAGAGAUAUAGAAUGGGUUACUUACACCUGUACUUUAGGAUUUCAUGUUUUUGGUGUGUGGCCAGAAGGCUCAGAUGGCACAGAUAUUAAUGCAGUUUGUCGCUCACAUGAGAAGAAGUUGUUAUCAACUGGUGAUGACUUUGGCAAAGUACAUCUCUUCUCGUAUCCAUGUUCACAGUUUAGGGCUCCAAGUCAUGUCUAUGGCGGGCAUAGCAGUCAUGUAACCAAUGUAGAUUUUCUAUAUGAAGAUAGUCAUCUCAUCUCCACCGGUGGAAAAGAUACCAGUAUUAUGCAGUGGCGAGUUAUUUAGAGGAAAUCUUGUAUGAACAUAUGUAUAACCAAGAGCUGGCAAUGCAGCGAAGUUCUGUACAAACUGUAUAUUUAAGAUUUAACAGUAUGGUUGCCGUUUAGCCUAGUCACUGUGAUUUUUAAGUUUUAAAAUCCUUACAAACCUCAGGAAAGCUAAGUCUUUGGCUGGCUACCAUACUUAAUUCAGUAAUUCAUUAAGCAUCACUUUAAAACAAAAGCAGCAAAUUGUCCGUUCUUUCUCUUUGUUGUACAACAAAAGAAACAGUACAAGUUUAAAAUGAAGUCAUGGCUUGGAUGUUUAUGCAUUACAUGAACCAGACUUUUCUAUUAAAUAGUCACAAAAAAGCUUAUCCUAAUACUGUGUAUACGUGCUUCACAGUUUCAUUUACAUUUUGUACUGUAUAGCUACAUACUUACAAUAUCUGUGGUCACAAAACUGAUGGUACUCCUUUUUCUGAUGAACAGUGAAGAACUGAUGCAGAAAGCUUAAGUCAAGCUGAAUGAUACCAAGAGAACAAGCUAUUAAGCGUUGCUGUUCUGCAAUAUUUUUUGAUGGUGCUUCCAUACAUUUACUAUGUGAAACAAAACACACAGUUUAUAAGUAGUAUUUGCAGAACUUUCUCCUAUUAUGAAGAACAUGUUUAAAUAAGAAAAUGUGAAUGUUGGAAUAGUUUGUCACCUUGCUUUUCUUUUCUUUUUUCCUGGUAUAGCAAACAUUAAAAUGAGGAGGAUAUAAUCCAAGGUUUAGUUGCAAUUUAAUUUCCAUAGGGAAAAUUCAGAAUGGUGUUCACUUGCAACUAACUUAAGUCUUACUGAUUUCACUGAGACUACCAUUUGCUGGACUGUGGCCAGAUUUUUAUUCUCUUUGAAAUGAAGCAGAUUCUACCCCAGUUUUAACUUGAAUAUGUCAGCAGGGAUUACAGCUUCAGAUAAACUGGUUCAGCAUGAUUUUUUAAAAGCAUAUAUAUGAUCAGGUCUUUUUAUUUUAAAAAAAGAAGUAACCAACUUGACCACAUCUCAGUUGUUCAGUUGACAGAAUAAACCAAUCUGUAUAUUGAUCAGCAUGAAUAUUACUACCUUAACACAUGUGUAUAAUUUUUUUGGCAAUUCAUAAGAAAUAGUAAGGCAUUCUAAGCUUUACUUGUGUAUUGCUUAUGGAUAUUGUAUAUUCGUAUUUUAAGGCCAAGUAGACCACAUAUAAAGAGAUCAUUCUAAGUGUACCACCAACCUGCAGAGGAAAUGGGGAGAUGAAUACACAUGAACCAUUAAGAGACACAGCUUGAUUACACAAGCAGUCCAAAUGGUCCCUUGGGGGGCAGUGUUCUUAGGGGUAUCAAUAAAGCAGACUGUAAGGAAGAGAUGUUCCAGGAUCCUUUGCAAGGUUGCAGAGGAUAUCUGAUCUUGGAUCAUGUAAUGGAACCAAUGCAGCAAAAUGUCUGGGUGUGCCCUGCAUUGUUAAGAAUAAUGCCCACCCUUCCUGCAGUGUAUUUUGCAUGGAUUAAUAUUUAUACUACAAAAUAAGAUUGUGUUUCGCAAUGAAGUAAAAAGUGGAGGUGGGAUGAAGUAGUUCGGAAGGCCUUAUCAAUUCUGAUUGUGGCACAGACUGAAAAUUAUUGUUUACUUUGGGGAAUGUAUCUAAAGAUUUUAAGCAAGCAGAGUUCAAGCAGGCUCUGAGAUGUGAAACUGUAAAGGAUUUGUUUGUUUUUCUUACAGUGGACAAGCAACAUGUGAAUAAAUAGAGCUCUGAAGCACGGGUUGUUUAGAGUUAUUUCAGUGAAGGUUUAAUACAUUUUGAAGCUUUUUUAUUACAUCUCCAACCUGCUACACUGAAUGUGCAGGCCAUCAAUAAACAUAAUGUAUCAAAGUGAA